GACGGUUAGCCAGGUCGGACCAACUCUCUUGACUUGAACCCAACAGAAAACCAACAAAACUAUCCUUUAUCCUCUUCACCCAAUACACGUCAAUUUUUUUUACCGUGUUUUUUUGCCGUUGUUUCCCACUUGGUGUGUGUGUGUUUUGUUUGGCUUACUUGAUUGAAAUUGAGACAACCAGGACAUCAUGAUUGUCAACAUGCCCGUCAAUGGCACGGGCAGUGCAUCCAGCCCCACAUCGAAUCCCAGCAACAACAACAACAACAAAAGCAAUGCCACCAAUCAAAAUAAUAAUAAUACCACUAAUAAUGGUGAUUAUAAUUUCCUGAAGCGCAAGUACGAUGAUCAGGAGGAACUGGCCCUGGGACAGGAUUACGAGCCCAUCGAGGGCAAUCCCUGGAAGAAACGGCAUCUGGACUACGAUGUUGCCGGGGAUCUGCAAUUCCAUUUGCAACUGGAACAGAACCCUGGAAACAGUAGUAGUAAACCACCUGCCCAAUCCACAACGUCCUUUAUCAACGAUCUGUUUGCAUACGAUAGCAGUCUUUUGGUGCCCGCUGCCGCCGGCUAUUCGCAUUGUCCUCCAUCGAGUGCUCCUUUGGAGGACAAUGGCGGCUGGACGGGUGGUGAGCUCCUGGAGCUGGAUCAUCGCUAUAACUCCGGCUUGCAGGCGGAGUUGGGUCAACUGAAUGCCACUCUGCCGCCGCCACCAUCAUCGCAGAACAACGCACAGCAGAACCCACAACAAAACCCCAAUCCUGGCCACAGUCCCAACCCGAAUAAUCCAAACUUCCUGGUGCCGCAGAAGCAGCGGAUAUUGUCGGCCGGCCGACGCACUUCCUCCGGUUCGGCGAGUGGGGGUAACGAAGUCGUGGAGGCGGAUUUCGAGGAUAAGAACCUGUCCUGGCUGCUCAACUUCAAGUUCGAUGAGUUCCCGCACCUGUCGCCGCACAACCAGGCUCACGGACACGCCGUUAAUUUGCCGGAGGGCAGUGUUCCUCAAACCAAUCCUCCUAAUUCCACGGCGAUUAGCACAUCACCCUGCAGUUCCGCCUCGCCCACAUCCGCCUCCGUAUCUGCCGCAUCCGCCACGAACUCGAAUCAUUCCCUGGGAUCGGGGAUGAUGGAUCAACGGGCCAGAUCGCCCAAGAGCAGCUGCUCCAAUGGGGCGAUGCCAACGGGCGGCGGAGGAGGAGGCUGCUCCUCUGGAGCUCCAGCUCCUUCAGGCGGCUCCACCAAGACGGGACGCAAGUUCGAGGAGCUGGUGAUGGAGGUCACCUCGGAGCUGGACGGAAACGACAUGAUCGUCGCCGAGCACGUUGUCGUCGAGGAUACAUCUUCCAAGGCGCCAAAGAAACCACCGUUCACCUACACGGAGCUCAUCGAAUACGCCCUCGAGGAUAAGGGUGAGCUGACUGUGUCGGGCAUAUACCAAUGGAUAUCCGAUCGCUUUCCGUACUACAAAUCCAAUGAUGACCGCUGGAAGAACUCGGUGCGACACAAUCUGUCGAUUAACCCACAUUUUCGAAAGGGUGUAAAGGCGCCCCAAGGAGCCGGUCACCUUUGGGCGAUUUCCAGCGGUGAUUCGGCGGAGAAUGUCCUGGCCUGGGAGCAUAAGAAGCAACGCUUGGACUUGUUCUUCAAAAUGGAGUCCAUAAAUCGGGAGCGCAUACAACAGCACCAGCAACAACAGCAACUGCAACAGCAACAACAACAUCAGCAGCAACAGCAGCAGCAGCAGCAACACUCGCCGCAGCAACAUGCCACACUUCAGGCGACACAGCAGCAACAUGCAACACAGGCCAGCAGUUGCUUGUACGAUGAGGCGGCGGUGGCUGCGGCCACUCUCACGCAGGAAAUGAUGUCCAGUGGUGCAGGAGGCGGUGGGAGCGAGGCAUCCCAGCAGCACCACCACAACCACCAGAGCCACCAGAACCACCACAAUCAUCACCACCAAAGACUGCUGCCCUUCAAUGAUCUGCUGAGCGACGAUGAGCUGCGAAAGACGGCGGGUCAGAUCCUGAAUGGAAUCCAUCGCGAGGUGGAAGUCCAGUCGGUCAACUCCAUCAUCAGCACUUACCACGAUGUCCUGCUGGAUAAUGACUACCUCAAUCCCAUACACAAGGAUGUGGUGGUCACGGAAAGUGUCCUUCGGCAGCAACAUGGAAACUUGGGCGGCGGCAGUAACAAUCAUCUGGGUGGAAAUGGCCACAUGGGCGGAGGCAGUUCGCAGUACUAUAUCACCGAAAUUGAUCCCAUGGAGCUGGGCAUUCAGAUGUCGCACCAGGUGGAACCCUCCGAGGAGGAGGUGCUCUUCAGCGAUGAGUUCAACCUCAACUACUUUGGGUAUAAUACCGGGAGCGAUAUCGUCGCUUGACCGCGCAGACAACAAACGACAGCUCCUCAAGCUCCAGCUCCUGCUCCCGCUCAGCCAAGCAAUUGAAAAACAUAUCCUGCUCGAACGAUCCUGCUCCAUGCCAUGACAAACAAUCGUAAUUGUAGCCGAUCUACUCAUAAGCCAACUCUAAACGAAUACUAGUCACACUUAAAAACGAAACAACUCUAAUACAUGUAACCACCUAACCCCCCAUUUACCAUUUACCAAUUAGCCCCUAUGUAUAGUCUAGUCUUGAGUGUACCAAUGUGCCCCAUUCCCCUUUUUUUUGUCUAUACUUUAGUUGAAUACUUAGCCGAUAAGUAGCUUGCUAGCAUUAAGUAUCCGUAUAACUAUGUAUCUAUCUGCAGAUCUAACAUACAUAAUUUAGCUCUUGCUCUCGUCUCCGAAUAUAGUUAAGUGUUUUUACAUGUAGCCGAAUAUCCGUAAAUAAUACCAGACAGAAUGAUCUCCUCUCCUCUAACAUGUUAAAAAAAUAGGGCUAGAGAGCAGAGAAAGUACUACGUAUCCUAGUGCCCAAUCCUUACCAA